CUUUUGAGCAUCUACUUUACAUAUUGCUACCAUAGAAGGAUCCAACUCCUUUAUGAUCAUAUGGCUACCAAACAGAUAACAAUAGAAGGUGAGGUUUCUGAUUGGCAGCCUCAACAGCUAAGUGCCCUUAGCACUAAUCAGUAGCCAUACUACAUGUUAUUGUUAUCAUUAGCUUAGCGAAAAGGACAGUUCAACUAUCCUGACAUACAAGGAUAAAAAAGAUAUUGUUAUUUUUUAUGACAAUAAGACCUCAUGCUGCAUAUUGCUUCGCUUGAGUCCUAUAAAGCAAAGCUGCAGAUCUCUUCAAAGAGCCAAGCAAGCAAAAGCAAUGCAGGUGUGGUAGAGUGGAAGCAUUCAGAUCCAGCUACUACUGCUGAUCAGCUUCAACCCACAGAAUAUCUGUAACCAACAUGGGAAGUUCAGGUUUAGAGCAGACAAAGGCGCGCUCGCACAUCAAUUGUGCACAACCAGCAACAAGAACCUGGCAGAGGAAAUUUGACGAUGAAGGCAAGAAAAUCGAACUGUUUAGCAUGACCAUGAAUGAUAUGAUAUCAAUCAUACCCAUGAUUCUCAAGGGCCUGAUGAUAAAUGCCGACCAAAGGGGAAAAGGCCGGGAUAUACUCUAUGAUCCAUUCAGGAAAUGGAUGGACAACUGCUACCGUGGCCUACCCCUUGGUGGCCUUGGUGCAGGAAGCAUUGGGAGAAGCUACAGAGGGUACUUUCAGCAUUUUCAGAUAUUCCCAGCGUUAUAUGAAGAAAGGCCCAUCCUUGCAAACCAGUUUUCAGCGUUCGUCUCGCGUCCCAACGGAAAGAGCUACUCGACGGUGUUGUCUGCGCCAACUGCUGAUGCCUUCAAGGGAGUUGAUAAGGUCGGUAUUGGAUCUUGGGACUGGAAGCUUAAGGAGAAAAACUGUACUUAUCAUGCCUUGUUCCCAAGAUCUUGGACAGUUUAUGACGGUGAACCUGACCCUGAAAUCAAUAUCACCUGCCGUCAGAUAUCACCAAUCAUCCCUCACAACUACAAGGAGAGCAGCUUCCCUGUCGCAGUUUUUACAUUUACGGUGCAAAAUUCUGGGAGCACAGCUGCAGAUGUAACAUUGCUCUUCACAUGGACUAAUUCAGUUGGUGGGAGAUCAGAGCUGACUGGAAAUCACACCAACUCCAAGAUGAUAGAGCGUGAUGGUGUGCAAGGUGUUCUUCUCCGUCACAGGACUGCGGAUGGGCACCCGCCAGUGACGUUCGCGAUCGCGUCUCAAGAAACAGAGGAAGUCCGCGUCACAGACUGCCCUUUCUUCACGAUGGGGUCGUCAGACUCCGGCGACUUCACGGCCAAGGACAUGUGGGAGGAGAUCAAACAGCAUGGUUCCUUCAGUGAAACCCGCACCGAUAAAGAGCCAAGGGCAUCGAAGCCCGGAUCAUCCAUCGGAGCGGCGGUGGCGGCCGCGACGACGGUGCCGGCAGGGGGGACCCGUGUUGUGUCAUUUGCUCUGUCGUGGUCGUGCCCCGAGGUGAAGUUCCCAGACGGGAAAACGUAUCACAGGAGGUACACCAAAUUCUGUGGCUUGGAUGGAGAUGCGGCUGCAGAGAGCUUGGCUCAUGAUGCCCUUCUUGAACACAUGGAUUGGGAGUCCAAAAUCGAAGAGUGGCAGAGGCCUAUUCUGCAAGACAAAAGGCUGCCUGAGUGGUAUCCGGUCGCAUUGUUCAACGAACUCUACUAUCUGAUCGCUGGAGGCACCAUAUGGACAGAUGGACGGCCUCCAAAGAUGAGCGUCGCCUCAUCAGGGACGGGGACCGAGCCAUUCUCCCUCGACGUGUUCCGCACAGACCUGCAACUGCAAGGCACCCCAGUGGUGGACGGCGUCCUGCGCGAGAUGACAUCUGUGACGGAGGACUUGCACUCGGCGGCGGCGCUCGGCGCGACGCUGCUCGCGGACGGCGAGGAGAACGUUGGCCAGUUCCUAUACCUGGAGGCGAUGGAGUACCACAUGUGGAACACCUACGACGUGCACUUCUACGCCUCCUUCGCGCUGCUCUCCCUCUUCCCGGAGCUCGAGCUCAGCCUCCAGCGCGACUUCGCCCGCGCCGUCCUCCUCCACGACCCACGCCCCAUGCGCACCCUCAAUGGCAAGACCGUGCCGCGCAAGGUGCUCGGCUCGGUGCCGCACGACGUGGGGCUGAACGACCCGUGGUUCGAGCUCAACGCGUACAUGAUCCAUGACCCGUCGCGGUGGAAGGACCUCAACCCCAAGUUCGUGCUGCAGGUCUACCGGGGCGUCGUCGCCACGGGCAACGUCGCCUUUGCCAGGGCGGCGUGGCCGGCGGUGUACCUGGCCAUGGCGUACAUGGACCAGUUCGACCGGGACCGGGACGGCAUGAUCGAGAACGAGGGCCGCCCCGACCAGACGUACGACCUGUGGUCCGUGUCCGGAGUCAGCGCCUACACCGGCGGCAUCUGGGUUGCAGCGCUGCAGGCGGCCGCUGCCAUGGCGCGCAUCGUCGGCGACGGCGAUGCCGAGUGCUACUUCCGUGCGCGGUAUCUCAGGGCGAAGCGCGUGUACGAUGACGAGCUCUGGAACGGCACCUACUUCAACUACGACAACAGCGGCGGCAAGACGAGCUCGUCCAUCCAGGCCGACCAGCUCGCCGGACAGUGGUACGCUCACGUGUGCGGCCUAGAGCCGGUCGUGGAGGAGGAGAAGGCCCGGAGCGCGCUGGGGACGGUGCUCGACUACAACGUCAUGCGGGUGAAGGGCGGGACGGUCGGGGCGGUGAACGGGAUGCGGCCAGACGGCACCACCGACAUGUCGUCGACGCAGUCCAAGGAGAUAUGGCCCGGCACCACCUACGCCGUCGCGGCCGCCAUGAUCCACGAGGGCAUGCUGGAGGCCGCGUUCCGGACGGCCAAGGGCGCCCACGACGCUAGCUGGUCCAAAGAUGGCUUCGGGUACGCGUUCCAGACGCCGGAGGCUUGGACGGCGGAAGGAGGCUACCGCGGGCUGCACUACAUGCGGCCCCUCUCCAUCUGGGCGAUGCAGUGGGCGCUGUCGCCGCCGGAGCUCCACAAGGACCUCGGCCCGGUAGCCUCGCCAGGGGACGCCUCGGUUGGGCAGGACAAGUUCGAGAAGGUGGCGAGCAUGCUGAGGCUGGCUGAGGAAGAGCACCACAAAGGAUUCCUCCGGGCUCUCUACCAUAUUCUCCGGCAGGUGGUGCUCCCGGCAUGACAUGAUGGCGUAUUCCUCAGGAAUACAGGUUGCGUAUCUUUCCAUCGACGCGUUCGGCCACGCCUGCGGACGCAUUUAGACUGUCCCUAAUAUUUCGCUCCGUUCAUCCACGUACCUCAUAUCCGGACUCUUAAAUUCAUACAAGCCAUGUACGUCGAUCAUCCGAUACAAAUUGUUUGAAUUUAAUAGUUUUAAACAAAAGCAAAUGAUAUUAUAGUUCAACCAAA